GACAAACUCUACGCCCGUAAUGAAUGUCUCAGCCCAUUAUUCUAAGAAAUACAAAUUUAGAAAUGGAUCUGCUAAUCAACAAAGCAAUUCGAUGUCCCAUCCUCUAACUGAGGCUGCGAAAAAGUCGCCGAUCCGAGAUCAUUCGCCGCCGUCGCAGUUCGCGCAUCCCCAAAAAAGUCGCUGCAUGUGAUCCCCGACGGUGAGCCCUUCAAUUCAUAAGCUGACUCGAUAAUGAUCCCAACAUAGUCAACAAUUUUCGCUGGUUCUUUCUCACUACCAUUCCGCGCUGGCCACCUUCGACAAGCCCUUUAGUGAUGUUCUUGAACUACGUACUUGCUUCUUAACAGGUUUACGGUAGUAUCUGAAUACAACGUACAGGACAACUAGAACCCUUUUGACUCGUUUCGUCAUAAGUUUUAGUCUGUAUUUGUGACGCUCUUCAAGAUGGUUGACGCCGCAGGGUCGCACGAGGUCUUGGACUUCACCACUACCGCUGACAUGCUCCACUCUUACGCGGGUGGUCAAAAAACCAGCGUUCGUGCAUUGUUGGCCAAUUUUCCAACAACAUUUUCAGGCAUGAUAGCCGAACUAGGAGUCGAUGCACACGCGAUGCCCAGUUUCGAAAUUGAUUAUCGCGCUUUAGUCGUGCAUAAUCUCGCACCUGAACCGAUGCGAUGGGACCAGGAAGGAGAUGGCGAAAUCGUUUGGCACGACGACGAGUACAUGGUAUCCUAUAGGCGCCUGCUUUGCUCAAUUUACCUCCAAUAUAUCUGUAGGUUGUGCAUUAUUUUUACGUAAUAAAUAUACAUCAGGCCAUGCCUCUCGCAUUGGCGCUCUAUCUCGCUCACUUAUCGCGGACAUUCUUUUGGUGUUUGGGCACAGAAGCAGGGGAGCGGGACAGAAAAGGCGAGAGGCUCCGCGUAGGAUCGGCUAUACUGCUUCCAAAGGGGAUGAAGUGCAACGCGG